UUGCGACGCUACGAUGCAAUUAAUGUAGAACCGGUCUUAGGCAUGAUUGGUCGGUUACGAUAGUCUAGCGCUCACGUCUGCGCAAAACAAUACUACGCAGGUUUCCUGCCAAGGGAUUGGCUGAUUGCGGAUAGAAAGAGCGCGCCUCGGUGCGAACUGCAGAUCGAGUCGGUACGACAUCGUUCAAUUGUUCUUCCAUCUUUCAUAGAGACAGCAGUUUCGUCCUUGAGAGUGCUUGCGCUAUCCAAGAACGAAUUGAAGACCCUGCUGCAAAAACGAGGUAAGUCCAUUUCGGAAGAACGAGGCAAGUCCGCACUUAUCAUCACCAUUGUUGGUUACCUAAACUGAGAUUUUUGGACUUGCCCUCCUAAGCAGAUUGGUGCAAGACCGAGACAAGUGCGGACUAACCUCGUUCUUGCGAAAUAGACUUACCUCGUUCUUGCAGCAGGGUCUUCAAUUGUUCUUAUUUCUCGCCUUUGUCAGUCUAACAAUAAAUACAGCCGUUAAAGAUUGUUUCCUGUAACGUGCAGUGAUCGAUGACACGAGUAUCACAUAUUUGGCGACAGAGUGAUUUUGUUUAGACAGCGUGUUAAUAUUUUUCAUCGUUCGUCGAGAAAAUCCUGAGUUUCAAGGGUUCACUUUGGCCAGAGCUAACCAAUAGACGCCGGAACUGUAACAUCUAAAUUUUCAGGGAACACGAAACCAAUAACAGGAAAGAGAAGGAAGAAGAAAUAUAUAUGAAAAUAUAUAAUAUAUAUGUAAAAAUUACGUAUGAGCAGUGUAGACACUUUUUCUGGAAGUCUAAAAAAUUAAUUCUUUCUUCAAAAUUCAGCGACGUGUGUAACAGAUUGCAAUCAUGCCGAAACACAAACAAUACAGUCAUAAAUAUCGGCGAAGAAUCUCACAGCAUUAUAUACAAGAAAUAGAAAACAAUCUACAGGCUCACAAAAGUGACAUAUAUUCAGCCGAAAAUUGCAAUAACUGCCUUCUAGAAGUAAACGAUAAUGAAAUAUAUUCUAUCUCGGAAAUUGCAUCAGAUGAAAUUAUUCAAGAAGUACAAGAGGAAAUUGUCCCGGAAGAAGUAAUAGUCGAAAAUAAUUUUACACCACUCUACGAAUAUCAUACUGAUUCUUCAUCGGAAUCAGACUGUGAACAUAAUGGUAUAAAUAUUGAUCGAUUGCAAAGAAAUCUGGUGAAAUGGAACCACGAUAAUAAGAUCUGUAGAUCCGCCAUGACCAGUCUAUUAAAAGUUUUGAAAAUAGAAAAGGCUAUGCAAUUCUUUCCAUCAGACGCUCGAACAUUCUUAAAAACCCCGACGAAGGCAGAAAGUAUUCCAAUGGAACAUGGUCGAUAUGUUCAUUUUGGUAUUGCUAAAGGCCUACAUCAUAUUAUAGAAAUAAGCAGUACCAUUACGUAUCUACCUGAAGAAAUUCAUUUAUCUAUCAACAUAGAUGGACUGCCGCUUGCCAAAAGUUCCAAGAGUCAAUUAUGGCCAAUUCUUGGGAGUUUUAGAAAUUUCCAAAACAAAACACCAUUUCUCAUUGGCGCUUUUCAUGGGUAUCAAAAGCCUCCAGAUGCUACGGUAUUUUUAAAGUACUUCAUUGAAGAAGCAAUGGACCUUAUACAAAAUGGCUAUACCUAUAAUGAUAUUAACAGAAAAUUUAUUAUCGAUUGUUUCAUAUGUGAUGCUCCUGCAAGAGCGUAUAUUUGUUGCAUUAAAAACCAUGGAGGAUAUUAUGCAUGUAAUAAGUGUGAAACUAAAGGCACCUACGUCAAUGGAAAAGUGGUAUAUCCAGAAAUGAAUGCUCCGCUACGAACAGCAGAAUCGUUUGCAAUGCAAUCUGAUAAACAACAUCAUACUGGAAUAAGUCCCUUGUUGAGUCUUAAUAUUGAUAUGAUUUCACAAAUGCCAUAUGACUAUAUGCAUCUAGUGAUAUUAGGCCAAGUAAAAAAAAUGUUGAAAAUAAUAACUGGAAAGCUGAAUCCUAUGAAGUUGAGUGCACAACAGGUUCUGGAGAUUAGCAAACGACAGCUCGUACUUCGAAAGUACGUUCCGAAUGACUUUGCCCGUAAACCGAGAGCUUUGGACGAGCUUGAUCGCAUGAAAGCCACUGAAUUCCGCGAAUUUUUGUUAUAUACUGGGCCCAUCGUAUUACGCAAGAUAGUAAGGAGUGAUGUAUAUAAUCAUUUUAUAAAACUGUCAAUGGCUAUACGCCUUCUAGCAACUCCUAAUAUUGAUGUGGAACAAAAUAGAUAUGCAAAGAACUUGUUAGAAGAAUAUUUUGCCGAAUUUUUGCAAUUAUAUGGAGUGCAUAAUGCAACGUAUAAUACGCAUGGAUUACUGCACUUGGCCGAUGAUGCAUUGCAAUGGGGAACACUUGACGAAUUUUCUGCAUUUAUUUUCGAGAAUCAUUUGCAGCAUAUAAAAAAAUUUAUCAGAGGUAAUAAUAAACCUCUUGAACAAUUAAGUAACUGUAUUUAUGAAAUCAGAAAUAGCCAUUGUAUUGAAUUUGUUGACCAUGUCUUCGAAAAUUAUAAACUAGGAAAGAAAUACUACAAUGGAAGGUUGAUAAAUGGAUGUACGUCACCCAUGCAUAAGGAUAUUCAAUUCAAAAAUUUUAAAAUCACGAUAAAAAGACCGAACAACUACUGCAUUAUGACAGAUGAAAGUGUUGUAAUGAUUGAAAAUAUUUGCCAUCGCAAUAAUUCCGUAGUAGUUCUUGGCAAAAAGUUAAAAAACGGAAAACAAUUUUUUCAUUCGCCAGCACCAUCGACAUGCUUUGGCAUGCCUUCCAAGUUUUGUAUUGUUCACUUCAUUAAAGAGGACUCUGUGGAGGUUGUUCCUGAUUUUUGGAUAUCUAAAUUGUCAGGGACUAAUUAUUGCUCAUGGCCUUUUAAUAAUGCUUUUCCAACGAAAUGUGUUAGAAAUAGAACGGUGCCAGAUGAAAAAUGGCCCUCCUACGAAUGCAGAAUCCUUAAUUCGUUCGGUACGUACACACAAGCACGCCCACAUAUUGUAUUAUUUACACAUAUUCCGUAAUUUAUUUCAUCACAAUAAUACACUUUCUU